AUGGGUAAAAAGGGAAAAGUAGGGAAGGAUCGGAAAGAUAAGUUCUACAAGCUAGCCAAGGAGUCCGGCUACCGGUCGCGUGCCGCCUUCAAGUUGAUUCAGCUGAACCGGCGGUUUGGCUUUCUGCAGCAAUCGCAAGUAUGCCUCGAUCUGUGCGCUGCCCCGGGUGGCUGGAUGCAGGUGGCCAAGCAGAACAUGCCGGUGUCGAGCAUCGUGAUCGGUGUCGAUCUAUACCCGAUCAAGGGCGUGCCCGGGUGCAUCAGUCUGGUGGGAGACAUUACGAGUGACAAAACAAAGUCCGAUUUGGCGAAGGAGCUUAAAACGUGGAAAGCGGACGUGGUGCUGAACGACGGGGCACCGAACGUUGGUAAGAACUGGCUGCACGAUGCGUACCAGCAGGUUUGCUUGACUUUGAGCGCGGUCAAGCUGGCGACGCAGUUCCUGCGUCCGGGCGGGUGGUUCGUCACGAAGGUGUUCCGCUCGAAGGACUACAAUGCGCUGAUGUGGGUGCUAAAACAAUUGUUCAAGAAGGUACACGCCACGAAACCAUCUGCGUCACGCAAAGAGUCGGCGGAAAUAUUUGUCGUCUGCCAGCACUACAGGGCCCCGGAUAAGAUCGAUCCGCGCUUCCUCGACUCGAAGUACGUGUUCGAGGAGCUGGACAUUGAGUCGAAGGACGGUGCCACGGCCAACAUUCUGAAGGAGCUCGAAAAGAGUACGACCAAAAAACCGAAAGUCGAAGGCUACGAUGGGACGGACGUGCGAAAGAUCGUGACGGCCCGGGAGUUCCUGCAAAGCGACAAGCCCCUGCCGCUCUUGAGUCGCAUUACCGAGAUUCAGUUCACGCAGACCGAUGCUGAGAUUGCGAACCACCCGGACACGACAGCGGAACUGAAGGAGUGCUGCAAGGACAUAAAGAUUCUGGGUCGAAAGGAUCUGAAAGAGUUGCUCCGAUGGCACAAGCUGUUGAGUGCGAAAUUUGGUGCACCGGAAGUGGCAGCCGAAGCGGACGGGCAGGAAAAGACGAAGAAACAGAAGAAACAAAAGCAGGAAAAUGCCGACGGCGAAGACGGUGAGGAGAGUGAAGAUGAAACCGAUGAGGACAUGGUGGAACUCCGUCAGUUGGAUAAGGAAAUUGCGGGCCUGCGUGACGAACAGAUGCGCGAAACGAAGCGUAUGCGCAAGAAGGUGAACAAGGAGCGCGCGAAGCUGAACGAAAGACUAAGUCUUAAGAUGGUAAUCAAGGGCGAUGCAGGACCGACCGAGCUGGCGUCCGAUAUGAUUUUUACGCUAAAGGAUGUGGCCAGCAAGCAAGAGCUGGAAAACAUUCUCGACCAACCGCCGGAUCUUCCUGCCGAGGAUGAGGCUGCUUCGGAAGACGAGGCAGCACGCAGGAAGCGAAAGUACAUUCGGUACGAUCCCGAAACGAAGGGUGAUCUUUUCGAAGAUGAGCAGCUGCUGGCGGGAGAAGCAGAAGAUUCCGUUUCCGAUGUGGAUUCGGAGUUCGAAUCGAAAGGUUUGGACCUCCACUCGGAUGACGGUGUGUUGAGCUUCGAGGAAGACGAAGAUCGUGUCGAUCCAUCGGAUGAUGAGAAUUGUAAUCCUUUGAUCACCGAUCUGGACGAUCGCAGCAAAGCGGACAAACGGUUGCAGCGGGCCAAGCUGUGGUACGAACAGGAAGCAUUCAAGAAGCACAAUAUCGAAAGCAACGACCAGGAGCUGGAUUACGAUAUUGAUCGGAUGAUCGAGGCGUACCAAAAAAGGGGCGUAAAGGUGCUCGGUGCCGAGCGUGACAAGGAGGAUCGGGAAAACUUGCCACUCGGCAAGAAAGCGCGUCGCCGAGCACGGCACAGUACAAACGAUGGGGACAUUUCCAGCGACGAUAGCUCGUCAGACGAUGAGGCUGCCGGUGGUGGUGGCGCGGCGGAAAGCGAAGGCCCCGCGCAGCAUAAAACGAUAGAGACAGUGCCCGGGCAGGAUGGUGGGUUUGAGAUCGUUUCGGCGGAAGCGACCCGAAAGCCGAAAAAGAUUAAGCUCAAUGAGCAAGAGCUCGCCCUCGGGCAGCUGCUGGUGUCGGGGAAGAAGAUGCGCCGCGAUAUCACGGAUGCGGCCUGGAAUCGGUACAUGUUUAACGAUUCGCACCUUCCCGAUUGGUUCGUUGAAGAUGAAGCGAAAACGAUGCGCCGCCAGCUGCCGGUGCCGGACGACGUGGUCGAACGGUACCGGAAGGCGAAGGAUGAGUUUAACGUGCGCACGAUCAAGAAGGUGAUGGAGGCCAAGACGCGCAAGAAGCGGCACGCCAAGAAGCGGCUAGAGAAGAUCAAGAAGAAGGCGGAGCUGAUUAUGGAAAACGUCGACAACACCAACCAGGAGAAGAUUCGUCUCCUCAAGAGAUUGUACAAAAAGGCCGACGCCAAGAAGAAGGAGGUUACGUACGUCGUGGCGAAGAAGUCGGGCGUCAGCGGCAAGAAGGUGCGCCGCCCGAAGGGUGUCGAGGGUCGGUUCCGGGUGGUAGAUCCGCGCAUGAAGAAGGACCGGCGGGGAGAAGUGACAAAAGAAAAGCGCACCAGUAAGCACGGCGGCGGCAAAGGGAAGGGCAAGGGCAACAAGGCUGGUGGCCGCAAGGCGAAGGUCGGUGGCAAGAAGUAGCGAUCGUGAGGAGCAGA